ACUACAUAAAUCUAUUGAAAUCUUUAUAAAUCUAGGGUAGAGUACUAGUAUGUAAGUUUGCCUACUCUGAUGUAAAAACUCUACCUGCAGAUGUUCCUCAACAACUUGUAUCCUCAGCUCUUACUCUUCCUAAACAUAUGAACACAUUUCUCUCACAGCUUCUUCAGGUUCGAAAGAAGACCCUAUGCUCUGUGUUUCCGGUUUCCAUAGUUCAGCCGGAUAUUCUCCCUCGGGAUUUUACGCGGCAAGGAGGCGCAGAUAUUCUUACGAAAAUACGCAAACUUACAGUUAAGGAGCAUAAUUGGAGGUUAGAGAUGGCGGCUAUGACUCAAAAUACAGCUUUAGACAGGUUUUUGAAAUCUCAGAAUGAGGACGGGAAAGUCAGACAGGACAAGUCCCGGUAUAUAACUGAGGACAAGGGAGAGAGAGAGGACAAGGUCCCUCUCUGCGAGGACGAGGACAGAGAGAAAAAGAACAGUGUCCUGGAUAUAAGACUGGAGGGAGAUGUGCCGUCAGUUCGCCAGAUGUCAGAUAGAGACAGAUCCACUGCGGAUACCGUCUGAACAAAAAUCUUAAAAUCUACGGCGGACAUUGUCUUAUGACGAGGUGAAUCCAAAGCUCCCAGAUUAUACUUAGGAAUAAAGUGUUAGAACUUGUAUAUAUUUAAAUCUUGACGGCACUGUACACGUACUAUUAAGUAACCAUCCAUUUAAAGAGUGGCAUAGAGUGGCAUCUUAGAUUCACAACAACACACUUCAAAACUGUGUCUUGUCAUAAAUGAAUGAGAAAUCUUACCUUUUCUAACUAAUUUUUUCAAUUGUAUUUCUGUUAAAGAGACUAGUCGAUCUAUGAAGCAGAGACAAUGUAAUUAAAAGAAUCCGAAUGCGAAUUGUUUUUUUAGAAAAUCGGAAUAUACAAUUAUUUGCCUUAUUUUACUAAACAUUCUGAAAGAUUAUCGAAUAUUCACGUAAAAUAUUCUCCCGCUAUCCCCAAUUUUUACUGUUCCUUAAACCCAUUAUCUUACAGUAAGAACAAAUAUACUGCAGAAUAGGAAGACGACAUUAACGCAAUCUUUUAUUGUAAUUUAUGUAGGGUUUUAUUUACAUAAACAUUUAAUUCAAAUUCAAAGUUUGGCAAAAUUUUGUUAAAAAUUUAUUUGAAUGAUAUUUUAAGGUAUGUGUUAUUAUAUAAUUAACUAAUUAAUUAUAAAAAAACGCACAAUUGUUGCUGUACAGUGUACAUGCGGAAUUAUCUGCAAAAUUUGUAUUAUUCUUAUGAUCUAGUACAACAGAGGCACUGGAAAAUAACUUCUUGUCCUACCAAUACGAUUUUUUGUUGUGGCAUUCAACAAGAUAAAUUUUAAAUUUGUUAAGUAAAGUUAGUAGCUAAGGACUAUGUUUUGCGCUUUUUUGCGCAAUUGCGAAUGGAAAGCCUACAUUUAUGUUAUUAAAAGGCAAAAAGUUUUACUAGUAGCUUGAAAAUUACUUCAAAACUAAGUCGACUUUCUAUUCCACAGUUUUCAGGUUCUCGCUGUAAUCAGAGUUAGGAAGAUAAAAAAUGUUCUAUUUCAUAAUGUUACCACUGUGAAUUGAACAUGCCACUCAGUAGAUGGAGGAGCACAAGAACUAAUGUCUUUAUUCCCUUUAAGCUUGAUAUAAAUCAUAUUGUGAUUGAUAGGGCUGGGAAAAGUUCCG